AUGCGAGCCUUUUGCCCCGACGCCGUACUCUACGCCAAGCACUUUAGUAUUGCCACCAUCAACGCCAACAAGAAGUUUGCGACGGGGCACCGCCCGCCCGAGGACGCGGCGGCCCGACCGGGGCAGGUGCAGUCGUUUGGCCUCGGAAACCUGAUGAACUCGGCGUCCGAGAAAGCGGUGCUGCUCCAAAACCUUCGCUGGCAGCGCGAAACUCUCUUUGUCCUCGCUGGGAACGCCGUUGCUGGCGUCGUUGCCUAA